AGCCACAUGUUUCUAUCGUUCGGCGUUGUUGUCUCCGGUGUUGGUUCUGUUUGUUUCCAAUUGCUACAUCAUAUAUUUCAGCAAUUUCAUAAAUAAAAAUAUUCGUGCUAACUUUUAAAUAUCUUCAGAUAUUACAAGUUUUUGUGCAGUCAAGAUUUCCUCAGUGAAGCUUGUGCCGAGAGGGUUAUUUGUUAAUACUUCACUUGAAAUAAACUUAAUAGGCGACAUCAAUAACCGCGAAUAUGAGUGAAUCCGCAGAAGUUAAUCCAAAGGCCUAUCCUUUGGCUGAGGCAGCGUUGACUACCAAGAUCUUGAAUUUAGUUCAGCAAGCGGCCAACUAUCAACAGCUGAAAAAGGGAGCAAACGAGGCGACCAAGACGUUGAAUCGCGGUCUGGCCGAAUUUAUUGUAAUGGCUGCAGAUGCGGAGCCUCUUGAAAUUCUUUUGCAUCUCCCCCUCCUUUGUGAGGACAAGAACGUCCCGUACGUUUUCGUGAGGUCAAAGCAAGCACUUGGCAGGGCUUGUGGUGUGUCCCGCCCCGUUAUUGCUGCCUCCGUGACGAUCAAUGAAGGCUCGCAGUUGAAGCCCCAAAUUACUACGAUUCAACAGGAGAUUGAAAAACUUCUCGUGUAACAUUAUAUUUAUUUUUGAAUUAUCUUUUGUAAUAUUCAGAAAUAACUUGCUUUUGAGUACAACAAUAAGACUUUCUUGAACUAUCUCAAA